AUGAUAACAUCAGCUCCUUCUUGGAUUGACGAAUACAUAAAUAGUACAACAACGAAUGAUGAUGCAUCAUCAUCACAUAUAGAUGAUCAUGAGAUAUCUAUGCGAACAAAUUCUUUUGUAGUUUUUUUAUCGAAAUGGCUUUUACGUUUGGCGUGUAUAUCUAUUGCGCUUUUAUGCCCAUGGGCAAAUUAUAAAUUGAUAAAAUUAUUUCAAACACAUCGAUUUCAUAAAGAAUCAUCGGCUAAAUGGUAUAUAACAUUCAAAGCUGUAUUCGAUACCGCAUAUAUGUUUGUAUCAGUUCCAAUUAUAUUUUUUCUUACAUAUAAUAUUGAUAUAAUUCAUCGAAAUUUGCUAACAUGUAAAUUAAUAACAUAUGCACAUUAUUUAUCUGAUGAUUUAAUAUCAAUGUUACUUACACUAUUAUGUCUUGAUCGUAUGUUACGAAUAACAUGUGGUUAUCAUCUUCGUCAACGUUUUUCAUUAACUAUUUGUAUAAUAACAACAGUUUUUUUUACAAUUAUUAAUAUUCAUCAUAUAAUACGUUUACAACAUCGAGAUGGUUAUUGUCAUAAAACAUAUUUAAGUAUAUGGGAUUAUGAUUUUGAUGUCUACUAUUCAUUAGUGUAUACAUCAGUAACAUGGGCAACUAUAUUUAUAUCAAUAAUAAAUUUAACAGUUAGUAUUUAUUGUGAUCGAAUAAAACGUUUACAAUUAAGAAAACAAAAACAACAACAAGAACAACAGCAAAAACUAAGUAAAAUUUUUUUUAAUGGUAUUGAUUCAAUGGAAUUUUAUAAUGAUCAAGUUCAAUUAAUUUAUAGUAUAGAUGAUAUCGAAGCUUUAGUAGCCGUAGCUUUUGAACAAAAUAAUUCUAACAAUGAAUCUAACGAAAAAGAACAACAAGAUAAUGUUGAUUUACAAAUAACUGUAUGUGUUUUAAUAUUGUCGACUAUUUUUCUUGUUUGUAAUUUACCGAAUUUUAUUAUAUUUAUUCUGAGAUUUGUUCAUCAAUCAAAGUUUUCAAUAAUUGGUUAUAUAUUUUUUUAUAUAUCAAUUUUCCCAUUAUUAGUUGCUCAUACAAUAACUUAUUUUAUUUUUAAUCAUCUAGCUGCACGUCUUUUUCCUAAUAAUUCAUCAUGA